GAGGAGCUUUUCCUUUUCUCUCCUCACUCCAUAUUUUACCUCCUUCGACGUGUCCCCCUACUUCGCGUAGAUAUCCAACGUCGAAAUCGACGAAUCCACUCGUUCAAACCAGUUCCCUAUCGUCACUAGCCAUCAUGCGUUCCAUCAUCGCUGCCGCUGCUUUUGCGACUGUCGCUAUCGCUCAGAGCGCCGACACUUCUGUCACUCCUGUCUCGGUGUCCAACCCAGCUACCCAGUACUUGACCAUGACCAACUCUCUGGGUGUGGUCACUGGCCAGCCUUCCGUUGUCACCAGCCAGCCUGAAGCCGCCACUUCUCAGCCCCCUGCAGCAUCAAUCCCUGCUGGCCUCACUUCUCCUGUUGUGCCACUUUCGCCUACCACCACUGACACCUCUGCUGCUCCUUCUGGUAGCUCUGCUACUGGUUCUGGCACCGCUACUGGCACUGUCACUGGUGCUACUACUGGUACUACUACUGGUACUACUACUGGCACAACCACUGGUACUACUACUGGCAAAGUGACAUCCUCUGGAUUCUCCACCGCUACCACAUCCGAAUCCAGCACUCACACCUCUGGCACCUCCAGCUCUUCUGCCUCUUCCACCCACGCCACUGGUGCUGCCGCGAUGGCUACUGCUGGCCCCAUGGGUCUUUCCCUCGUCGCUGGUGCUGCCUUUGCCAUGCUCAUCUAGAGCUGAGAAUAUCUUCCCUAUUUGAUCAUGAGACUGUCUCCUAAUACCUUCCCACGAUUUCUUCAAUGUGUUCUAUGAAUUCCCCCAAGUCCCUGCCUGAUUGUUACCGUCACAGGCCUGUCAUUUUCAUUUCGUUGUACAUGCAUACCAUAGGCGUACAAACCGAGUAAUAAUAUUAAUCGCAUUUCUCAGA